AAUGGGGAAUAGAAGUUCUAAUCAUCAAAAUUAAAAAAUUGGGCAUGAAACUAGAUGUCCUAAUUGUGAUCGAAAGUUUGGAUCAUCUACUACUUAUAAUGUUUUAAAUUCUCAUAUAGAUCAAUGUCUAUAACAUGCCCAAAUUUAAAACCAAAUGGGAUUUCAGAUGCCUCAACCAUAACUUCAAUUAGGAGAUAACUAUAUUUGGAUCAAAUAAAAUAACAAAUGGAAAAGAGUAUAAUCACAGGUUAAUGGUGGAUAGAUUUAGGUAUACAUAAACAAUUUAAAAAUAGAAUUUAAAACCUAUAGAUAUCUAAAAGAGAUCUUUUGCUGAAAAGUAGGUUUGGUUUAAUAUGCAACUAGAAAAAUUUAGGAUACCUUGGCAAUUAGGUUCAGAUAAAUUGAUUGUUAAUCAAAAUGAUUUACUCUUCUCCUCAUUAAAUUCAGCCAGAGGAGUUGAUUUUUAUAAAGAAGUCAAAGUAGUAUUUUAGAAUGAUAAAGUUCAAGAUGCAGGUGGUUUAUUAAGAGAAUGGUUGACUCUUAUUUUUAAAGAAAUGUGUAAGGAAAUAUUUGUUUUAACUGAGACAAAUGAUGUUUCCUAUAAAAUAGCUAAGCAAAGUUUCUAUUUUGAUUUAGUAGGCUUGGCAAUAGCAAAAGCCUUAUUUGAAAGGAUGACAAUUUGUGUUGAAUUAGACAGACCUUUAAUAAAAAAACUCCUUGGACAAGAAGUAACACUCUAAGAUAUAGAAUUUUAUGAUAAAGGUCUAUAUCUAAGUUGGAAAUAUUUAUUAGAUAAUUAAUUUGAUGAGAACUUAUUGCAAUAAUACUUUAUUAUAUGUAAAGAUGAUGAAAUUAUUGAAUUAAAAUAAGAUGGAGCAAAUAUAUUAGUAAAUAAUUAAAACAAGUAAGAAUUUAUUGAUUUAUGGUAUUAAUCUAAUUAAUUAUUAGUAUUAAAUUUUACACUGAAAAACUAAUCUCAAAUUAAUUACAUCAAAUUUAAACUAAUCUAUAUAAAUAUGUUCCAAAAGAAUAUCUGAGUAUUUUCACUGCUGAAGAGUUUGAAAUGCUUCUUUAUGGGGUUUCCUUGAUUGAUUUAGAUGAAUGGAAAUAGCAUUCCAUAUAUAAACAACCAUAUUCUGAUAAUAAUUAAUAAAUAAUAUGGUUCUGGAAAAUCUUAUCAGAAUUUGAUUAAGAUUAGUUAAAGAAAUUUUUGCAUUAUUGUACUGGAUCAUAUAGAAUACCAAUCAAGUAUUAAAUUAAUAAUAUGUAGUGGAUUCAGCAAAUUAGAAUCUAAUAGAGGAAUGUAUUCCAAAUUUUAGAUAGUCCCAAUUGAAUAUAAAAAUGCUAAUUCAUUUCCAAUAGCCCAUACUUGUUUUAAUAGACUUGAAUUACCAAAGUAUUCUACAGAAGAAAUUAUGAGAAAAUAUUUGAGAUCAAUUGUCUUAAAUGAUUUAGAGGGAGUUUUUGGAAUGGAAUGA